AUGGCGGCAUCGGCCGCUUCAUACAAGGACCGGCAAUUCCUGGCCGUCAUUGGCGACGAAGACUCCGUCACCGGGCUUCUGCUUGCAGGUAUUGGGCACGUCACCGAUCCGCCGGAUUCCCAGCGAAACUUCCUCGUUGUCGAUUCCAAGACCGAGACCUCGGAGAUUGAGCGCGCCUUUGAGAACUUCACACAGGAGCGGAAAGACAUCGCUGUUGUCCUGAUCAAUCAGCAUAUCGCGGAACGUAUCCGUCACAGCGUCGACUCAUUCGCCGACCCCUUCCCUGCUGUGCUGGAGAUCCCCAGCAAAGAUCACCCCUACGAUCCGGAGAAAGACAGCGUGCUCAAGCGGGUGCGACGACUCUUUGGCGAGUAA